GACUGUAGUGUGAGACUAUCAAAUACGCGUACAGCUACGCGCAAUAUCUGUUGUCACAUAGAAGUAUUAGGCCUAAGAAAUGGUGACGGUGUAAAACAGCAGAAGUGCAUUGCUUUCACUAGUUAGAGACCUUUGGAAAGGCGAUGAGUACUAAGCACGGAUAUCCUCGUCUGACGAGACGUCUACGAACUAUUGUUUCAAGACGAAUUCGUUUGCCUGAUGGUUUUAUUAUCUUACUUGAAGACGUGACGCGUGAAAUAUUACGUCAUCAGCCAAUAGACAUUCCCAGCUUUGCUGCUGCCCAUUUUGAAAGUUUGUUACAAAAGAGAGAACAAUGGAUCAGAACAGAUAAACCUGAUUCUUCCAAAGUAUUAUCAUCUGGUUCUACUGAAGAGGAAGUAGCUGCUAUAAAAAUACAGUCAAUGUACAGAGGACGUACAGUACGGAAGCAGUGUAAUGUUCAGAACAAACCUCAGAGUCCACAGGACGUUGUCAACGUGCACACCAGUGCAAGUGAACCAGUAGGAAAGGAAUCAAAUAUUCUGAAUAUGAACAAUGAAAAACUAGAAACCAAUGGAUGCCAAAAUAUCGACCUCGAAGAGGACGAAUCACUGCAGUUAGCAGCAACAAAAAUUCAAGCAAGUUUUCGUGGCCAUAAAGUGAGAAAGAACCUGGGAGCAAACAAACCUGUGUCAAAUUCUUUGAAACACACAUCGAAAGAAGCAAACAACAACUUAAAAAAUGGACGUGACAAUGUAGAAGGCGAUGAAUCUGCCAAUUUAACAAAGGAAACUGUGGAUAACGAGCUCGAAGGAGCUGCAAUAAAACUUCAAGCGCAGUUUCGUGGCUACAAAGCUAGGAAAAGUAUCAGAAAUCAUGAACAAAACCAUACACUUUCUACAUCUUCACAUACAACUGUGCAAAUGACAGAAAAACACCCAGAAAAAGAUGUAACAUCAGUUGAAAAUGAUACUGAUUUAGUACAAGCUACAAUCAAAAUUCAAGCGUCUUUCCGUGGGCGAAUGACGAGAAAACAAUUGAACAUAGAGAAUGAUGAAAAUUUUUCACAAGUGAAGAGCGAGCUCACUGACCAAACAGGAAAUUCACAUGUAAACAUCAAAGUUAAUCAUUCUGAAAAGGUGGAAAGACUAAAUGAGCCAGAGAAAACUGUGAAUAGAAGUGAUAUAAACCAGCCGGGCGAAGUGAUGGAAAAUGAAUACAAUGGGACGAUACUAAUAAGAAAUGGGUCAGCUGAUGAACAGGAAAAAAACUUCAAUCGAAUUCAGUCGAAAGGAUUGGUAGAACUUGGAAGUUUAGCAGCUAAUGGGACCAACAAAAGUUCAAUUAUGAGCUUUCAAAAUGAGUUAAUAGAAGACAAAGAAAUGGAAAACGCUGCAGUUAAAAUCCAAGCAAAUUUCCGCGGUCAUUUAGCUCGUAAGAAUCUACAAUCCACGGGUAUUCAUCAGAAGCAAGACUCAUUCCAAGGAGUAAGUGAAUCACAUAGUGAAUAUAAUGAAAAUUUGACUAUAAGCUCUCAGAAUGGGCUAACAGAAGACAAAGAAAUGGAAACUGCUGCAGUUAAAAUCCAAGCAAACUUCCGCGGUCAUUUAGCUCGUAAGCAUCUUCAAACAUCAGAUAUUUAUCACAAACAAGAAGCGUUCCAAGAACUAAAUGAAUCACCUGGUGAGAACAACGAAAAUUUGACUAUAAGCUCUCAAAAUAAGUUAACAGAAGACAAAGAAAUGGAAAAUGCUGCAGUUAAAAUCCAAGCAAACUUCCGCGGUCAUUUAGCUCGUAAACAUCUUCAAACAUCAGAUAUUUAUCACAAACAAGAAGCGUUCCAAGAACUAAAUGAAUCACCAGAUGAGAACAAUGAAAAUUUGACUAUAAGCUCUCAAAAUGGGUUAACAGAAGAGAAAGAAAUGGAAAAUGCUGCAGUUAAAAUCCAAGCAAACUUCCGCGGUCAUUUAAUUCGUAAGAAUCUUCAAACAUCAGAUAUUUAUCACAAACAAGAAGCGUUCCAAGAACUAAAUGAAUCACCAGACGAGAACAAUGAAAAUUUGACUAUAAGCUCUCAAAAUGGGUUAAUAGAAGACAAAGAAAUGGAAAAUGCUGCAGUUAAAAUCCAAGCAAACUUCCGCGGUCAUUUAGCUCGUAAACAUCUACAAACCACGGGUAUUCAUCAGAAGCAAGACUCAUUCCAUGACACAGGUUUAUUGUCCAACGACCUCGACGAGGAUGUAACUCUCAACUGUCAAAGAAGAUCAUGCAACAGAUCGAAUGCAGCCAUGAUUGAUAAUUUUUGUAUCAAACAAUAA